CCUAGCAAGUCUCCUUAGGUGCCCUCUAGAACGGAAACAAUAAUAGCAGACGACUUUGAGUUGUAAUUGUCCCAUCGUUUGUGUGUUUCACCGAAUGAGACUAGAUCAACAGGAGAAGUGUACAGCUAGCAGGAAGUGGGGGCUGAGACUAAUGAAGGAUUACAUUGUGUUGCUGUUUUGUUGUCAUUCUUGAAAAACACUGUACUAGAUGAAAUACUAAGUCAUUAGCGAGAAGUAGAACUAGAUCUAUACCAACAGUAACGCAGACUUCUCUAUAUUGAACGGAUUUGUAUCAGAAUGCUGACGUCAUGCAGGUGAGCGUGUUUCCAGACUUACUACAAGAACCAUGAGCCGAUGACAAGAUGGCGUCUCAGAGAGGAAACGGUGGCCUGAACGAAAACAGUAAAUGGUGUGCACAGGUGCACAUGCCGCCUCAGCGCUGUCAGGAAAGGAGUUCCGAAGUCGACAAUUACCUGCCUCACUCACCCUCCCAUCCGCACCGCCCCCUCCCACCUCACAUCCUCGAUCAGAAGGAGAAAUACUCUCUUUCAAGUUUCUCCACCCCGGCCCCCGUUGCAGUGAAAGUACAUUUCGCAUCACCAGGUACUUCUUUCUCCAGUCCCUUGUUUCUCCACUCGCCCGCUCCUCCUCCUUCUUCUCAAACUUUACAAAACUCGCGAGAUAAUCGCGUUCAAGUCUCCUCAAUACGGCUUAGAGAGCCUGUACCGAGUGUAGUAACUGCAGGGGAAGUAACGCUUGGUACCCGCUCACUAAAAACUGUACCAUCGCCUGAUGAUAAUAAUAUUUACACAAAACCAGACCGGAACGCGCAAGACUUACUCGUAACUCGUGCCGCAUUCAACAGCGCAGCGAAGGAGGGCAUUCGCCCCCUGUGCUCAGAUGGGCAAACUUGCCCGCCGGUCAACGGAGACAAAGCUGGAAAUAGUUUAAGUUCGCUCGCACGUGAACUCUAUUUGAAGAGCGAUUCGAGCGAAACUGGACAGCGUUUGAUCCAUCGCGAGGCAAGGCCGUCUCAUCCCAUUCCUCCUGGACACGGGGCUAAGACUCCGACAAACAUUAAAGUCAAGGAGAGUUUACUUUUUUACUUCCGGUCAUCUUCUUACGAAGUUGGUCAAAACAAUAGCCAACGUCUAGCGCGCAGCAAGCGCGGGUGCAAGGGGCGACGACCGAGCACACAGCGCCCGCCAGCAGACGAUAGCAAGAGAUCAAUAGCAAGGGAGUUCACCGCUGGAGUAGUUCCUUCCCUUUCGCCGCUUAUCGUAGAAGAAUCAAAUCCGAAAACAUCUACUCCUGAUUUGAACCCUGGUCGUCAGGCUGUCGACGUAAGCAUCGUUACACUGUCUCGGGAUGGAGAGGCUGGGAAAACACCUCAAACUGACCAGGGAGUAGCCUUAGUAGAAUUUGGACCCACUAUUAACUACAAUCCAAAUAAAAAUAACGGCGCUGAUAUACAAUCACUAAACAGCGGUUCUCGUAAUGAGAGAUGUGUCUCAUCUGGAGAUGAAUCUGUUAAAGUUUUCACCUCGGACUUUACAGAUGAGUCUGUAAGAGAUCAGAUUUUGGAUCUUGCAGCCGUAGAUUCAUUCACCCAUGAAAGGAUAUCAUGGAAUUCACCUUCAGACAGCUUCAUUUGUGAUGACAUCGACGGCAGCGCUCAAAGCCUGAAACCCUCCUGCCACUGCGAGGUUCUGUGUUCGUGUAUUUUGUUAGGCAACCGCCUCUGUCUCCACUCAUCCCAGGAAAGCGUUUCACAGGUGAGCACAGCAACUACUCGAUCAGCGCUCACCGGUGAAGAAGUUUUAAAUUCGAGCAGGUCUGGUCUCUGCGUGCCUGCGAGGGAUUUUCAGGGUAACCACUCAGGGACCCUUGACUUCGGUGCCGCUCGUGCUUACGGAUACAGUCACGAGCCAGACACAGAGGAUAUAAUUGUUCCAGGAUUAAUCAGUUCAGACUUUUUCACUAGCGGAUAUGACGCAACGCAUCAAUCGGGAAUUCAUUAUUUAGGUGAGGUCAUAGAGACUCAGGUACAAAAAGACAGUGAACGUACACAAGCUGGACCUUCCUCUUCGCCUCCUUGUGAGCCUGAGCUGAUCGAUGAAAACACUGACCUCAAACUCUCAGAGGAUUGUCUUUGCUCUACCAACAACGAUCGACCACCUUCUGAUCUACACCCUUUGUACAGCCCUCGCCAUAACGACCGCAGCUCAAUUUCUGAGGAUACACGAGUCUCUGACGUCACAAGGGGUCAACCUUCCGAUGUCCACUUUGCUUCGGUUCCUCAAGAAAGCCAAGUUUGUACUCCUGAAACAAAUUUGGCUCACGUCGAAAGUGUUGCACGCGUAGAAGGUAAAUCGCACGGACUCACGCUUGAAACAUCGCCAUUGAAAGAGCAGCCGACUUUGACAGAAGCGAGUUACUCUGGGGGUGUUUAUUGGCUUCUAGACAACAAAGGGCACGACGAAGAAAACGGAGAUUUCAGUUCACGAGCAAAUUUACUGCCAGUCGAAGAUCAAAGUGCGUGUUUACCGCACCGCGAUGGCGCCGACAAGGGCGAAAAAGUCAUCGACGAUCCUGCUAAUUGUGCAGCGGCUACAGAAGACAGACUCACUGUAAAAACAAACAUUGGCCAAGAUUUACAAGAUAAGAUUCGGGAGCAAGGGCAGAGCGAAAGACAUUGCUUGGAAGCAAAGGGAGUGAACUCUAAUUGUUUUGAAACUUCGAAACUACCUGUUAUCGAUAGUUCGGAUCUCCAGGUGCACGAUCGAGUCGCACCAAGACAGAAACGGAGCCUGAAGACGAGUGACAGAUCGAGUGAAGUCAAGAGGGCCGGGUUUAAAAGGCCGAAAAGACUUCCCCUAGGGGAUAUAGGCUCAGCCUGUGAAGAAACAGAAUCAAAGCGGGCUAAACGAAGCGGAUUUAUUGCCGUUGACCGAAAGGAUUGCUCGGACAACAGCGACAAAUAUGGUGGUGAGACUUUGUCACGCUCGGGGCCGCAUAACACAAAUAAAAACUGUGCUCGUCGGAUUAGCAACGUGAGAACCGGGGCGACCAGGGGACGACACACUACUGGAAUUGUGUCCUGUCCUUUGAGAACAUUUCAUCUAUCUAAUUUUAGCAAACGUGACGUGAACAUUUCCCAAGGGGAAAUCCCGAGUCAAAAUGUAUUCGAAGGACAGGGGGAGGCUAGCAAUGGUGGGAACAGCAAUGAAUUCCCUAUAAACGUUCCUAGAUAUAGAUUCCAAAUUGCGGAGUCCGACUGCCAUGAACUCCAAAACACAUGUGUCCAUCAAACUGUAACUAGUACCAAGUGUGGUAGUAUUUCUCAGGAUACCAAAACAUCCAAGGGACGGGUGCCGUUAAUAUUAAGCUCUGGGGACAAUUUUUCCUUAAGGAAGGUCAAAGUGCGACAAACAAGAGCCAGUGUACUACGACAGCUUAAAAGCCCGACAUCCAUUCAUGUAAACCACGAGCCUUGGUCGAGCUUCGGCAUCGCGAGAGGCACCGCUGCGGGCGGCAACGCCCAAACUUUAUCAGAGGCAAUAUCGUCGAGGAAAAGUUCUCUGUCUCAUACUAACAGUUCCUCGCGCGCAGAUGGCCUGAUCCACUUGAACGCAUCGAAAGCAAUGGAGGCCCCCUCGGUGAAAAAAGUAGUCCAGGCUAAGCAGGUAAAGAAAAAACUCGAGUCGCCCAAAGCCACCAGAGCUUCUCAGAGGGCGAAAUUAACGAGUUCAAAAACAUGUGAAGAUUCAAAGCACAGUUCGAGUCUCGGUGACAGUGAGACAACUGUAGAACGUGAACAGGGCAGCCCUCCAACCGGGGAGGCGCCCACGAAGGUACAUUUGACACUGGGAUUUUUGCGGUUAACACAAUCCCAGAUGUCUAAAAUGAAGAGCCCCGCCUCUUCUAAAGUGGGCAGAGCAAAACAGUCUGAGGCCCAACAUACAGACACCAGAACUAAAACUGUUUCGUCACAGCCUACAGGAAAAAACAACUCUAAACGUCCUAAACAUUCAGGAGAUUCUGAAGCCAUCUGUGCAAUAGAUUCAGACCAGCAGAAGUCUGGAGUUAUCUCUCCUCUAUUACGUAAGGCUUCGAGAAAAGAGAACAUUUGCUCUGAUCCCGAUGCCAACAUGCGGUCGCCUAGAACGAAAAAGAGGCUGAGCAUUCUGGGGGUGACGUCAUACCCAGACGUUUUGUCGCCCGUGACCUCACCCUCAAGAUCAGAACCCCUAAGCCCGAAGAUCGAAACGCUUAGCGAGUUCAACACCCUGGCUCCCUCGUGCGACGCCUUGAGAGAGGCUCGUUGCAAAUCGCUGUCCCCAUACGAUCACACCAAGGUGGGACCGCCUCUUCAUUCACGUUCAAAAAGUGGUUCGGCAAGUCCUGUUCUCACAAACCGAAAAUCGCCAGCCACAGAAUCUCUAUCGAGGAAGUCAUCGCCUGAAAAUCACGACACAGCUACGCAUUUAUCUGCAUCCACCCCAAAGAAAGCAACUUCCCAGCCUUCAGCUCCACCUAUGACACCAUUCAGAUCCGCGGAGCACAUCAGGCUAGCCCUGAACAGAUCGCCUUCCUUCCUUCCCGUAUCCAAGCAUCGAACCCAGGCCUCACACAAAGAGACUUCAUCGUUGAAGCAAACAAAAUUGAGAAACCCAUCCAGUCUUUCACAGAAGGAAGGUAACAAACCCGUCGCACACACGCAAAGACAAAAUGUUACUGCCCUUAAAAGAAAAGUUACGAAGAACGGCGCUUCCGGUCAGGCCGCCCCUGACAGAAGGAAAGAAACGACACGGGGAGGUAAGCCCGAGGUCAUUAACAGCUCGGAGAUGCAAAUAACUUCAACCGAGCCAAAAGGGAAAGUCGAACCGAUAACUUUGUGGCCGAUCGAUCCUCAAAACCACGUGAUGUCUGGCACUGAAGAGACGGGAGCUAUAAAUAGCCAUGACGCUAUGUCAAUAAAAGAUGUGGGACAAAACACUACCGAGCCAAGCGAUCGAAAUGUGGAACUAGUAAGUGGCCUAAUCAGAAACAUUACCAACAAUGACAAAAACAGAAGCCGUGAAGUCGUAAAGAUGGCAAAGGUCAACGGUCAAGAAAUGUCAAAGUGUGAACUCACGGACAGGACAAUUGCUAGUGGUAAAAAUGCAAAGGACCUUGAAAACUCGCGAACGAAAUGGGAAUCCCCGAAAGAGAUUGGCCAAGAUGACCGACAAAGUUCCCAGCGUUCGCUCCAUAAACUUUCCCACUCCGCGUUACCUGCUGGGGAACAGGUAAAUCAGUUCCAGGGCGUGGAAUCUAGGUCGAGUUCCAGCUCUGACAUUAAUGGUGCAUUAGUAUUAGGGGAAAUAACUCACGAGGAUGCUUCGGUUACACAUACUCACGGUGCCCCCACAGAUACCCCUGGGGAUGACGCCAUAAAAACAAUUUCACCCAACCGACCCAAGGCGGGGUCAAAGCUGCCCCGAAAGACCGCCAGCCCUUUUAUGAAAAGCAAUCUCAGUGCUAAAGUGGUUGAGCUUGGCGUGAGCCGGAAACCCGCUAGCAAAGUUGGUGACAUCAAGGCGAGACCGGCGUCACGAGUCAGUUCAGCGGCUUCCACUCGCGAAAGCUCGGUGGACAGCAGGUUUGAUGACGACACGUCGUCUGUCAAGUCCGACAGGUCACACCUAUCGACCGUAUCGCUCACGUCACAGGGCCGUGCCAAGAAAACGAGCCCCAGUGAGCCAAAACAAACGAAAGCCUCAGCCUCAAGGCCAAGGGUAAACGCAACGGCCCCUGUUGUUAUCAAUCAGGUCGGGGUUAAAAAUAAACCUCUCCACGGUAAUAGACAAAGCUCCAACGGCGAUUCACGUAACACUUCAACGAAGGGGCCCGCUAAACGCGGCACGAUAACCUUACCCAGCGCCGUGCCUGGCCCUCUGCCAGUUAGCAGUGGAAAAGCAUUACCGGCUAAAAAAUCUACCAACUCCGGUAAACAGGCGAAGAUACUCAUCAGCAGGGGAAGGGAAAUAACCCAGGAAAAGAGUGCUGCUCCCGCCCCAUCAAGAGUUAUCGCAGACGAGGCGAGGAAAGAGGGGGUGAAAAAAGAGGGCACGGUUCCAAACCUACAAGCGGGUAAUAGAGGAAGUCAAAAAGAAGCUGAGCACGCGUGUCCGGUUUCAGGUCCAAGUGAUAGUGCAGAGCAAAGGCGUGAUAAAUCAGAACAUAGAGGUCUUAUCUCAAUAAAAGAAAACUCUGAUACAGAAGUUCUGUUUAGAAUAGCAAAAGUGGAGAAUGUAUUGGAAGGGAAUAUAAAUGAUUUCUCUAGGAAAGAAAGUCAAGCCUUAGAUGAAACAGACAAAGCAAUGGAAUCAGGGCAAGCUGACAUAAAUUCAGAAACAGCAGGGCCCAUGUUUGAAACAUCUCAAGUACCUAGCAUCGUGUACGCGGGAGUCCAAGACAUAGAUGAGAAUUUAACGAGCGCUAAAGAUAAUGUUUUCGGACAAGAAAUCUCGCCUCUGCUCUCGGGUGAGUCACUGAUGUACUCACGAGGUGUUGUACAUAAUAAACAGCCGAGCUCUUCAGAUGGCUCCUCUUCUGCACGUGUGAGCGAUUGCGUGAAAGAUGAAAAAGAUGAUGGGGGCUCAUCUCUAUCUGCUGCCGAUGAGUUACUGCCCGGUGGUGAACUCGUCCGGGUGCCCGAUGCACACCCCGCGCCCGUAGAUUAUCAGCCCGAGAGUUGUACCCCUUUUCACAUUCAUCCUGGCCUCGGAGGAGAAAACGCGCUCGCGGGCCCGGCUCAAGUUACGCCCUCACCCUCCUCUCUCGAGAGGGAAACGGGAGGAGUCACGCCGAUGGACGCCGCGAUCGGGGAGGUGGGGGAGUUGGGGGAGGAGGCAAGGAGCGAGAGACGAGCACAAAGAAAUGAGGAGGACACGAAGAAAGAGGAGGGCGGGAGAGUGCCGGAGGGAGGGAGUGUACAAAAAUGUGUUAAAAGAGCAGACGAAGAGCACGCCCGUGUUGAUGCCAGGAGGAACAUCGUUGUGUGUGUAUGUUCCACUGUGAACAUAGGGAUUAACAACAGCCAGGGAGAUGGUCAUUCGCAGACCAUGGACACUACGUACAUUCAGUGUGACCAUUCAGCUCGGAUAUCUUCCCUUCUUCAGGACCAGCACAUUGGAUACACGAAACAACAACAAGGUCAAACUCUGGAGGUCAGUACGGGUCAACCUAACAUUUAUAAAGACAUUCAAAAUGAAAACAUGACCCAAAGUGUUUCUAACUCGUCGGAUUCGAUAUGUACAUUAUCUCACACGAUACCAAUUACUGACGAUUCUGUAACAAUGAAAACAUUGAACUUGUCUAGUCAUGAUAGCAUCGAUUCGUCUCUAACGAAUGAUCUUUCUAAACACGAGUCCAUUAACGUCUCCUCUCUUACCCUUCCUUCUGACCACACGAUGGACACUGGAUACUGUCCAUCCGAUACUGACCAGCUAUCCGAGAAGGCAGCUUCGAAACUCAAGUUUUUAAAACGGGUCAACUUCGAUUACAUUCAAGAAGACAACGAAAUGUCCUGUGGAGUAUCGAUUGAACAUGGGAGCCCUUGGAUAAGGGAAGAGGAGAGAAGCGAUGAAUGUAAUCAUCUGUCAGAGCAACAAAUGGAGUGUAGUCCCCAGGGGCGGUGUCAUAUGUUCAACUGUGAAAAAGAUAGCUGUAAUUGUUCUUUACGUGACAUGGGCGGAUACACGCUUACACGAGAAGUAAGAGACGCGGUAUCGGAGAGCGAGCCGCAUUGGUCGUCUGACGAUAAAUGUACUUUUACCAAAGCGAGACAAAAUGAUGAUUCCCUACAAGAUGAAAACGAGGCUGAGAUAGUCUCAGAUAGUGAUGAUGAGCUCCUCUCAUUAAUGCUGAGUAAAGAUGACGUAGAGACCGAGUGUAUCUCAGCAGGCUUAUCUCGGCACAGAGACUAUCAAGGCGAUAAGCUCGUCCCUUUGAAAUCUUUUUCCGAGUCGAGCGAAGAGGGCGCCGACCUCGUGCCGUCUGAAGUGAGAAGCGGGAGCAGGGAGGAGAAAGCUGAAGAGGGUGACCAGAGUGAGCGACUUUACUCACGCGACAAACGUGGGCAGAGGGUCUCUGUGUACAGCAUGGAGGACGAGAGCGCCUUCACCACUGCCCUUGACGACGCCCUGCUCACGGGGGCGGACGAUAAAGAUGGUGACGACGAUGAUGACGAUGAUUCGAGCGGCGAUAACAUUUGUCUCACUGAAGAUACCUUCGAUCUCAUGGAAGGCCGCGAUAACAUUGGUGCAGGGGCGCCGGUAGGAGGGGAGGACGACUCCGAGUCGACUUGCUCCGAGUCGAGCUUUCAGUCCGCUACCUCGGAUAUUUUGAUGGUCGCCGCCUCGCCCCCUUCUGGUGAGCUCGCACACUUUCAAGGGUGUGGGACCAGUAAGGCGGGGGAGGGCAUGGCCAGAAUGAUAGCGUCAGAUUCCGAGAACUUGGAUGAGUGCUGGCAAGAUGUGAGCAGCUCGCGGGACGGUGAAUUUCAUGAGGAUAUUGUGUUAACUUGCGGGCCUUAUGGCGAGGAUUCUGGAGUUUUGUCAACCAUGCCUUUCUCUUCAACCCCAAGGGCUUCAGGUCGACACGGUGGGGCCAUCGUAAGCAGGUAUGAUUAUGAUGUUUCUCACGUUUCUUCUCGUAAAGUCUCGCAUGAUGGGAUCUCGUCCGAGAGUUCUCAAACUGGCACUAACAUUAAUGACAAUCGAGGUACUUUGUUACAAAGUCUUUCGCUACCUGCUAUCUCAACGUCAUCAGCUCCAAACGAGCUGACAGCCGUCUUCGGGGUCACUGGAGGUCAACUUGUCCUAAACAGUUCAUCGUUCAACGCUGGGGGCAAGAAGGCGGACCCUACUUGCCAGCUGAUUAAUGAUGUUACGACAUCGUCAUCUCUGACGUCAUCAACACCUCAGCCUGGAUUAUCGUUACCUGAGCAGACUUCAGCCGAGAAGACGACACAGGCCAAUGGCACUGAUGUUUUCGACACACUAACAUCAUUGAAAGACAUUAUGUUUGCUGACGACUAUGUGGAUGAAACGACGUCAGCCACACCAACAGCAUUAUCCUCCUCCUCAUCCUCUCCCUCAUUGUCUUCCCUCUCAGACAAAAGACGCUCCAGGCAAGGUAGGAUAGCGGGAAACAAAGUGGCGCCCUCUAUGCUCCCUUCUCGCUCAUUCUCAUUAGAGCCUAGGAGGUCAUCAACGAAGAUUGAUCCCGAGCCCGGCACCCGAAGCCGUUCCCCGUCCUUUUACAGCAAUACCAUCGUAGUGGACUUGACCACCCACAGCAGGAACCACAGGUCUCAGCCGGCGCCCUCACAAACAAAACCAGAUGUGGCGGCCCCCGCGACCCAACGAAAUAAGCUCCAUGCGCACAAAGAUAUCAAACAGAUAAACUCGACUUCAGCGCCAAAAGAUAUCAAACAAAUAAACUCGACCUCAGCGCCCAAAGAUAUCAAACAAAUAAACUCGAUCUCAGCGCCCAAAGAUAUCAAACAAAUAAACUCGACCUCAGCGAAUAUUCAAAACGUUUCAAUUGGACCUUCAAACGCGAUCAUCGUUAGAAAUGGUGACGACGUUCAAAUUGAAAACAACACAACCAACAUCAUCCGUCCAAAAAGUCAACAAACUAUUGGGCCUGUAUCAAACAAGACUUUAACAAGCCAGACUAAGGACAGUCACGCAUUGAAAACUGCUUGUAAAAUCAAAACGGCGCCUUUAAACACUGGAAUUACUAGGGCGCAGGACAAUCAACAGAAUGCCACCACAAAAAAGGGCAAUAGGUUGGAGAAGAACCAGAGAUUCGAACCCGUGGAAUCGGACAAGCAAGAAAGUCACGCUACUAAAACAAUCCCGUCCCAGCGUCAAGGUCUAGCUAUAAAUAGCCGGCUACCUCAGCCCACUGAACAGAAAGAGAAACGGGACAAAGGAGUUACAGUGGACAAUGGGCAGACGAAAACAGAACGCGACCCUGCAUUUAGAACCGCGAGUGAGGAUUGCACGCAGGCUGUUCCCUUCUCGCGAUCUCUGGAGACAGGUCUGGCCAAUGACAACACAGAGUUUUCCCACGACCUUUGCCCUCUACACACGGGGGAAAGUACGUGUGUAAAAACUCACUCAGGGUUGCCAUCUCUCACUGAACAUAGACACUGUGUAAAACACAUGGACACUGGAUCUAAUGAUCACACGUACUGCGCCCAACAAACCAACAAUGAAACAAAUAGUUCGCUAUUUACUUUCUCACCACUUGAUAGUCCAUCAAUGUCCAGUCAAAUCAGUGACCAUCAGUCGUGUCAGGGUGAGAAGAAUAUACCCACCACAGCAGCACCCUCUCACGACAUUACAAAAACUAGCCUUUUUGAGAGCGGGUAUUCUUCUGACAUCAAAUCCCCGGACAUGCGUUCACCGACGUUGGAAAUGGAGGACAACUCUAUAGACUCUUCGUUGCCCGAGCGUUACACGGAAACCACCGAUGACACUACUGUGUGCAAGGGGGCUGGCAUUAACUCUCAGGAAAUGGGCUUAUUAUCGCAAACAGAAUUAUCUGCUAGUGCUGGAAUUCUGAUAGCUGCAGGCACGAUGCCUGUAUCUGUGAGAGAAGUAAGCUCGGUGAAUGGCUCCAUGGCUGCCUCCAAACCUUUGCUAUCUUUAACUGCUGAAGAUAGAUUAAAGGCGAAUAUCACACGAGAGGAAACUCUCGGCACGAGAGCAGAGGAAUUACUGCGCCCAGAUAACGGUGCCGUGGAAGAGAGCGUUACGUCACAGCGCCACAGUAGUCCUCAGUACUUACUAUCUGACCCGUGUCACGAUAACUCUCAAAUGUCAGAAGGUCAUCAUAGCAGCGUAAACAAACAUGGCAGCCGAAAAUCCGGACGCGCGGACAUGAACAAAGCGGAUAUUCACGAUGGAUACAAUGUGGCCCGCACAGUCAACACUGACAUAGGUGUCGACAUUAAAAGUGAAAGCACAGAUUACAUCAACGGAGGGGACCCUCCUGGCAAGGGAAUGUUUUCUCAACUUAUUCAACUAGAAGAGUUCCAGGUCGAUGUUUUGGCAAGUGGUAACAACUCUAGCCCGGGGGACGAUGACAUUUGCAAUGCGAUUGUGGCCCCUGAAUUUAACAUUGCUAGUAAAAGGGUCUCUCAAGCAGAAGACGUCUCCGACACUGUUGAUCAGAAAGCAGAAGUGGAAUCACAUGACAUCAUAAAGAACGUUUCAGAAGCAAAGUGCCCGAAGAAUGAACUUUUAGAUGAGCUCUGUCCAGACCGCGGGGCUGUGUGUGUUCCUGUCUCUAAAAUUAACACUCCCCCUACACACGGUAACGCGCUAGGCGGGUCUCCCGCGAGGUUCGAAAAAGAUCAUCAACUCCUGAGUGGUAUAAAUUAUCCCCCUGAUUAUCACACAUCUGGAAAUGAGCAGAUACACUCAUCGCACGGGGAGAGCUUAACCACGAGUGACUCGCCUCGCUCCGAGGAGACAUGUAAACACCGGGCCUCGUCCAUCGAGAUCACGUCGAGGGCGGGCAGUGGACAGGAGUAUCUAGACAACUCACGUGAGUUCCUGUCUGGAAGCGAGCCGCCAGUUUUUAAACGCGAGACCUCCGCUCCUCGGCUAGACGUAGUGUCCAACACAAUAGAUUCCAGUGUUGACACCGAGACGCUGGCAUUUGCUGACGAUGAAGAUUCUUUCCCUCUCUCCGUGGAUACACAUCGCACCGUUCACACAAUUAAUGAGCCUGCUGUGAAAUCGGUUGACUCCGUGUUUCAUGAUAGCAAAGCAGAUUCAGUCUCUCCACUGUCAGAUGACCAACACGGGCACCGUGGAUCGAGUGGGAUUAAUUUGUGUGUUGAUUCUAAGGUAUCGAUACAUGAUACGAUGGAUUACCGCUUGGAUAAUCGUGCUAUCGAUACUACGCAUUCAAAAGAUAUUGGAUAUAAUCGAAGUAAUUCAGGAGGAAUAUCGAGUGCUCACAUCGGUGUGGUUAGUGUGCAUUCAAAACAUGAAGUGUGCACGGAUUAUAGUACGAGUGGUAAGAGUUUUGCCCCUUGCUUGCGGCGCACGGACUCUGAGGUAAGAACUAGCCUAGCACCCUCUCUCUCUCCAUCACUCUCCUCCAACUCAGUUCACGAGACCUGUGUCCAGUCUUUGACCAAGUCCAACACAUUCCCAGAACAUUGUCUCCAACAAAAACAACUUUUGGGCAGCAUUAAAUCCCCGCCCACAGCCCCCAAACCCAACCUCCCAUUGCAGCUCUUGCAGUCUCUCCGUCUCAGUCGGAAGCUUUCCUCAGAGGGAUCCGCUGGCGACGGGGUGGACGGUAGAUCCCAGUGUGACCCUGUCUUCUUAUUUGACGGCGAAGCGGGGUGGCUGUCAAAGCAAAUAGACGUCGAUAGAAAACACGGCAAUUAUGUUGAUAGAACUGAACUGUAUGACAACCCCAAGCAGUGUCCUGUCAUCAUUGACAUCAGCAGAUCUUCAGAUGACCCCAACACUCCGGCCACUGACCCAUCUUUUAAAAAGAGUCUCAUCACUUCUGUCUACGUUGAGAAGCAGAACGAGAUAGUCGCGUCAUCAAGGCAAGACUUCGUCCUCCACCAAGCACUCAUCAGUGGCGAGACAACACUGACAGAAGAAAGUGACCCCCGCGCCAAGGGCAUCAAUUGCUCCAGUCUUCUCCAGCGCUGGAACGCCCUGAACAUGUGCUCCCCUCCAAAGGCAGAGGCGUCCCCUGAUGCACACAAAUACCUCAGCCCUUCUCCCCACCCUGACCACCCCCCUAAAGAAAAAAGUCCCUUCAUUCUAGAAAAAGUCUGUGAGCUACUCAGCAAGAUAUCAAAAGAUACAACAGAAGUUAUUCGCCCUAAAUCACCGCUACCGUUAGCAGAAGAAGUCAAACCGCUCGCCCCACGCCCACAAGAAGCAGCGCCCCCUCAGGUAGACAGUGAAAAAGAAAGGGGCGUUCGGGUGGUGAAAAAGUGGAAAUCCAUGAUUAAAAAAUCACGCGUGGUGGCCAUCAGAGAAACCCUGAAAGUGAAGAUGUCUGGAACAGAAGAGAACCCUACGCCCCUGACUGCCCCCUUGUCCCCGACACCUCAGAGAAAGUACAAGUGGGCAAGGGGUGACGCGGGCAUAUGGAAGAAGGUGUAUCUGGAUGAAAACGGGCAAGUAAACAGUGAGAUCAGUGACGAGUUCCAAGCAUCGGUGACAAGUUUAGAAACAUCGCAAACUGCAGCAACGGACGAGCCUUUUUCACAUUGUUUACCAAGGAAUAUUCAGGGAGACCAGUAUUCCCAUUUCGAACAAGUAAACACUGUUGAAGCUGAAAAGUCUAUAGACAAUAAUACAUUGACGCCACAAAAUGACACCCUCACAUAUUUAGAUAUAGGUAAGUCUAGAGAAACUUCUGGAGAGGAUGAGAAUCAGCUAGACUCAAGAGUAGGCUCGGUUUCUGAUGUGCUCAACACACAAGACUCGGUCAGUACUAAUGUAUCGUCUCUGGGGCUUGAUGAGCCAAAACUUCAGCAGGAAGACAUUAACAGUGUAGUAAAGAAAAUCAGUAUUUGUGACCAGCACGUUGACCACUCCACUGACACCAUUUCGACCAGUGACGUCAGCGCGGUUACUUUCACACGCAGCCCCAGCAGACGAAAUGACUCGAUUUCUGUCUCGGAAAGCUCCAACUGCUCAACCAGUGAGCGCACAGCGAGGGUGGCUGAAUCUAUUUCUUUUGAGCAGGAACCACAUCAAACACCACAAGAAAGGGAUCUGGAGAUUUACGAAGAUGUAGAUCAGCGCCUGGCAGUGUCGGAUCAACAAACAGAUAGCAGGGGGCACCCUGGCAGCUCUGUUUACGACACAGCCACUCCGGAUACAGCAAAGCUGGUGUGCAUUUCGCCAGACGGUGCUCAUCCGGAAAUAGACUUAUCAAAUGCCAAGGGAGUUAAUUCUGGAUCAGGUAAUAUAAUCAAGGGGGAUAAUUUUGACAUCACCGGUGAUAACGGCGAGAAGUCAAAACACAGACCGAGCCUAAUUGAGGGCGGAGUAGAAAAUGAGUGUAGUUUAGAGAGAGUCGUCGGCACAAGUGAUGCGCAACAGAAGGUUCCAAUCGAUAAAUUCAGGCCAGCUGGUAACAAUGAUGAUUUAAACAAUACAUCAUACGUCUGUGACACUUCUACAGUAAGUACUCGGACAUGUGACAACACUGCGGCAUUUGAACAUGAUCAUGAUGAAAUGACCAAAUUAGAUCAACUGGACAUUAUAAAAGAAACAUCGGACUCUCUUGGCCCAGCUAUCGAACAGGACAGAUUGGACUUAAAUUCAUCCACAGCUGCUCAAGAAUUAGCUAACGCUAUCUCAGACAAGGAUGCUCCAUUUAGAAAAGAUAACCCUGGGGUGUUGAACACUAACAGUGAGUCUAACGUGAAGAAUCCAGAAGCUAAUAGUGAAUCGAGCCAAGUUGAUGUAAACACGUGCCAGAAAUAUAAAACCUCGGACUCCAGAAGUAGCCACGCAUCAGUUAGCGAGUCUGACGAAAACUCUAAAGUGGAUGCAGACAUGGCCCCCUCUGGCGAUGGCGGAGACUUUGUGGGUGCUGAGAAAUCUGAGAAAGCAAACGAAACCAAUAAUGAAGGAGAUAAGAAAGAAGAGGGCGAAGAACAGAAGUCUAAGAAGUACACCUGGCCCACUGUCGCAGAAAGCCUUAAGAGGUUUCAGAAAUCUAUCGCUGCGACCCCGCACAGGAGCCACCUCCAGCGCGGGCGUGAUCAGCAGUAUCUUCUUACCACUAAGAAAGACAACACCAUCUUGCGAGGCUGUACUGAGGGUAAACCAAAAGCUGAUCAGUUUGGGGCUUCUUGUAGCCCCACGCUGCACCAACGUGCUCUCGCAAGAAAUGAGACAUUAGUUGAAUCUGAACCGAAUGUUGAGAAUUCAUCUUCUAUCGCCCUUGACUCGAAUGAUCAUUUAGACAAUAAUCAAAGGACCGUCACAAGUUCUGCCUCAUCACCCACAUCACUUAAAUCUACAAUCACUGCAGAGAAGUCCACAUGUUCCCCUGAUCAAAAACCUGCUAUACCACCCCCAGUUAUAGAUAUGAAGGCGAAAAAGCCCACGUCUUUAAUCAGUUCCUCUUGGAAGCCCCCCUCAAUGCCAGAAAAGACUUUACCCCCGUCACCUGUUAUUGUCUUAUCGCCAGUUAGCGCCUUUGGUAAAGCUAGCAGCAUUGCCAGUUCGGAAAUUGCUACAAAUAAAUCUCAAGAUGUUCUGGAAACUUCUGGGAAACCUUCUUUGUCAAGUGAGGUCAUAAGAACUUCUACUUCCACUGCUGACGUUCUUUUGUCCUCAUCGUCAGCUUCAGAUGGAUCUGGAGCAUCUUUGUUCAAAUCCAUGACAAUGUUCAAAAAGAUACAACAGGACCAACCUUAUAUUCAACUGCUUGACAGCGCUUCUAAAAACCAGUCUGGAUUACCCACAGAAGGAGUGACCUUGCAUUUCGAAUCCAAGGACGCUCUUCUACCAGCGCCUGGUGAUUCCAUCACUCCGUCAGCAGAGGACCAGGCCAUGAUUUCACCAAGGUCAAGGAGAAACCUUCAAAGUGCUAAAUUGAUCAGCGUGAGCGUUUGGGACACUCACGAUGGGGAUAAAAACCUGAGAGCCUCACGUAGACUGUGGACCCCAGAGGAGAAACCGAUCCUUGCUGGAAUCUCUGAGAUCGAAGAAGUCCAUGGUUCACAGGAAGUGGCUCUCAGCAGCCAUGACCCAGAACACCUACAAGCCAGCGACGACUGCAAGGAGCGUGUUCGUGCCUCCAGAUCUCCAGUACGACCGCAAGCAAAGAAAAAGUCUGCCCGGAGGAGUCUUAGUCUGCCCUCGGGCGGUCUUUCUUACGGGGAUGUCAAAAUUAUGUACAAGGAUGGCCACUUCGUUACAGUUGGCGCCCCGUCUGACAAACAGGAGGCGGGUCCGGCGGAGGACGAAGAAGUAGAGCAGGGCCCAGACACAUGUCAAAGAAGUAAUCUCCCUUCGUCUCUGAAGGAGGUGAACGAGGACCUCUACGACCAAGAUGGAAACAUGAGAGCAGAGAUUUUGAUGCUCCUUGAGCAAGGCAUUUCUGACGCUCAGCAGUUAGACUACAACAGAUGGGACGAGGGAGGCGGGGACAUCAACAGACGAACUAGGGCGGGGGCGCCCAUUUUCUUGUCACUCCCUAGACGAAGGCAGAAAGGGAACAGACCCAAUUCAGCCGACGAAGGUCAACUGUUGCGAAGCUACAGCAAAUCCCAUCAGUCACUUGUCAGCCAUUCCGAUGGGGUGGACAGUGGUCACGGAGAGCUGGGCUCCGGUCAUGGGCGCGAUGGCAGAGAGGGCUCGACGUUGAAGCGAAACAAUAGUUUUACUGAAGCCAUGGGGUCAGACCUGACAUUGAACGAGACAUAUAAAAGAAGUGAACCAAGAGAUCUGGAUAACACAGAACUUUGUGACAGUGGAUUUGAUGAUCAAAGACAUUCCAGAGAAGACUCUUCCCAUAAAACCCGAACCAAAGGUCCUGGGUUCAUUCAGAGAAUGCUGAAAAAACGUAAGGGGUCAGCUUCAGAUAAAGCCUUGUCACUCUCAACAUCAAAGCCAUCCAAAGACGAUCUUUCAGCGUCGUCACUCUCGCUGGCGUCUAACUCGUCUGCCACACCCACCUCACCGAAUAAGCGUGAUCCCAGAGACUCUUCCCUCACGCGCAAGAUGUCGUUCAGGGGGAUAUUUAAAAGGAAGAACUCGUCUGACAUGUCAGGGAAGAAAACAUCGGAUGAACAGGACAUUCUUCACUCGGCGUCCUACCCUAACGGCAGUGAAAGCGGGUCUGUGCUGAAUGUCUCACACCGGAGGGUUCUGACAAACAUUGGCGAGUCAGACAACCACCAGGACGAUCUUCUAAACAUUGAGCACCCAGAGUCUUUAUCGCCCAGCUCGUCCAUGUCGAGGUCUCCCAAGACGCCCUUGUCCAACUCUAGUUCCCUGAGCUCCCUCCAGCACAGUAUUGCUUACGACGACAACGACAGGACGCCCACGGCCGACUAUGGUCCAGUCGUCCACCGGCGCGUCCGCAGCUCAUCCGGGCGAGUCAGGUACACGGGUGGCUCUCGCCUCUCGGGCGACUCGUUCUCGGAGUAUGACUUCAGCUCUCAGGAGUUUCAGAGCUCUGACGAUGCCCUCACUCCACGGUCUUUUUCUCCUGGCAUCAUGGACAUGUCUGCGGAAGGCGAGCGGACUCUGGUCCCAAGCCCGGCAUCACCUAACGACAGGUUGUCCCCUUGCAUUUAUCAAACUCUGACAUCGAGUCCUCAAGGAGGCAGACGGCGCCCUUCAAGGGAAGAUGAAGGUUCUCAAUCAUCUUCCACCAGGGUCUCGUCAUCUAGCUCGAAUGCAGACAAAGGAGAAAUUACUUCCAGCAACAGCAACGACUCUGGGAUACAAAAUGACGUCAUUGUCACCUCUAGCACCGAGUCCAUGCAGACCACUGUGAAGCUCAGGAAGUCCAAAUCGCCGUCGCCUGUAGCCGAACGCCCGAAAUCAGAUAUCACAGUCCGCUGGGCAGACCUGUUGGAGCAGGUCAUGGACCCGGGUGGUGUCAAGUAUCGCAAGGAGGCAGGCAAGCUGCGCAAGAGACCCCGACCCAAAUCUGAUAUCGAUGAGGGCUUGGAGAACGGAGAUAGCGAGGAGGAGGAGGUGGAGGAAGAUGCUGACAUGGAUGUGGAGGAAGAUGAUGAGAGUGAUGAAGGUGGGUGUCACUCCCUGGAGUCUCGACGUGCCGUCAUUGUCGGUGCCAACAGCCUGGCCAACAUCAGCAGUGGCGUCGGUGGUGCCGUGUCGGCGGCCCCCAUGAUGAGCGCUGCCAGUAGCUCUAGUGACGUGAUGGCCAUGAACUCUGGCGAGUCUGUACAGAGCCUGGUGGAGCUCAGGCGGACAUCACGAGGGGAUAGAGAUGUGCUCACUGCCAAGCUGGCUAAAUUUAGAAGGCUGUCCACACCUCAACCUAUCACUCUUCAUGCCGAGAAGCCAGCAGUCAAGCCCUGCAAGAACCUACAAGUGUUCAGCAAUCUGAAACAAGCCUGCAGCAUGCCGGACAAUCUGGACAAACUGUCUAGGAAGAAGCAUUACUUCAGUCUCAUAAGCUCAGACGCCCAAAGUAUAACUAGUCAACAGAGUGGUGGGGAUGAGUCCUCGGAUGAGUCUGAGUACUCUGUGGAGUACCCUGAGAAGUCACUCAGUACGCGGUCAUCUCAUGCCAUGUUGGCUGCUCUUGACCAGAUGUAUGAGAAUAACCUGACCUAUGCUGAGGCCCUAUGGGAUCAUGUGACCAUGGACCCAGAUGAGCUGGGCUUCCGUGCCGGAGAUCUGAUUUGCGUGACAGAUGCCUCCAACAAGUACUGGUGGUUUGGCGUGCUGGAUGGCCGGGAGGGCUGGUUUCCUACCAACUAUGUCAGGUUGAGAGUCAACCAGGACAUCAUGGAGGAUGAGUUGUCUUACCUCAUGGCCGAGAAGGAGGAGAUGGUGGUGCCUGAGCGCAGCGGGAACCUGAUGGUGACCCCCAGCCACCUGGACAAGAACCAGGCCAGGGCCAACGUGGUGAAUGAGAUUCUGAGUGCAGAGAGGGACUAUGUCAAACACCUGAAGGAUGUUGUAGAGGGUUAUGUGAAACAAGCUCGCAAGAGGCCAGAAAUGUUUCCUGUAGAGAAAGUCACUGUCAUCUUCAGCAACAUUGAGGACAUCUACUUGUUUGCUACCCAGCUGCUGGACAGCUUGCAGAGGUGUGUCAACCCAGAGAAGCCCCACCUGAGUGAGAUUGGGCAGUGCUUCCUAGAGAAGGUCAAAGGGUUUGAGAUGUACUCUGACUACUGUAACAAUCAUCCCGCUGCCUGCGAUGAAUUGAGGGAGCUCUACCGUAACAAGAGAUACAGACAUUUUUUUGAGGCCUGUAGGCUACUGCAGGAGAUGAUUGAGAUCCCACUGGAAGGGUUUCUCUUGACUCCUGUCCAGAAGAUUUGUAAGUACCACCUGCAGUUGGCAGAAUUGUUUAAGUUCACCCCUGCCGACCACCCAGACUACCCUUAUGUCCAAGCAGCUCUGGAAGCAAUGAAGAAAAUUGCAACUCUGAUUAACGAGCGUAAACGCAAGAUGGAAAGCAUUGAGAAGUUGGCAGCCUGGCAGCUAUUGGUGGAUGACUGGGAGGGUCCAGACAUUUUGGUGGAUAGCUCAGAGUUAAUUUAUUCUGGUGAACUGAACAAAAUCAAUCAUGCUGGCUGGUCUCAAGAAAGGUAUUUCUUCCUGUUUGACCAUCAGCUGAUUUACUGUAAGAAAGAUCUGCUCAAGAAGUCUAGUUUCUGUUACAAGGGCCGCAUCGACAUGGACGGCUGCCGAGUUUACAACAUACCAGAUGGCCGAGAUUCCCAGUACAAUGUGACUGUGAGGAAUGCUUGGAAGCUCCACGACACCCACAAGGACAAGUGGUACCUUCUGGUUUCCAAGACUGCAGUCAUCAAGCAGAGGUGGAUCAAAGCAUUCCAAGAUGAGAGGAGGAGGGUGAAGGAUGACGCAGAAAACAAUUUCAACAUUCCAGCUCAUGUGAAACAAGCUGUGAUAACAAACUUCAAACAGAAGACUAACCACAGCAAACCUAAAGGGAAAAAAUUUACUCGUACAACCAGUGCCAUUGCUACAUUACCUCGCACCAAGAAUCGUCACAAUGUCAAAUCAGACGGGACUUUGGAGAAAAGAAAAAUCAACUGGUUCUUUCUGGGGAAAGGAAAAUCCUGAAGUCCUUAGCCUGCAGCUUUGGAUACAUUUGGACUUAAAAGCCCUGGUAAUGAAAACCAAUCCACUUGACCAGAUCUGAUGACUAGUCUCUAAAACCUCAACAGGAAGUUGACUGUACACCCAACAUAUUGCUCAACAAACUGAUUUAUUUCAAGAAAGAAAGCAAGACAUGUUUAAAAAGUUGAAACUGAAGAGCAGAGAGCUGUGGGUUACAUGGAUUAGUUCACACAGACACACAAUGGUGUACACACAGACAUACAAUGGUGUACACGCAGACACACAAUGGUGUACACACAGACACAGAAUGGUGAAGUCAAUGUUUGAGAACUUUGAAUCAAGGAGAGACAACUCUUAACAAAACUGGAUAUAUAAAACAAAUGUAAAUACUUUGACUAUACUACAUGAACUGAAACAAAGAACUUGUUUUAAAUGAUUGUGUCUAACAGUUUCUGUUUUACUCAAGAACCUGGGUUUUUUUUUUUUUUUUUUUUUUUUUUGAUGUCAUAAAAUUAUUCAUUUGCUAUUGGAGUAAAUAAUUCAAAAUGACAUAACCCAUGAAAAUUGAAAGGACAGAAAUCCUUCAGCUUGGCAGCUGCAAAUGAAUUUAUAAGAUACAGAGUCAGGAUCUCACCAAUUCUGACACUUAAGAGGAUCAUUCAUUAGUUCAACUGGACAACUAAUUUCAAAUGUGGGACAUCAAUGGUUAAUUGAGUCAGCAGUUCAAAUGAUCUGACAUAACAUAGCAGCUGUUCAGUGGGAAAACUGCAUCAGUCCUUACAGAAAAAAAUAUUUUAUUCACUACAAACUGAAUUAUUAUGAACAAAACAGCCUGUGAUGCUGUGUAGUUAUGGAAGUAAUCUAGUAAGCUGUUCAUUUGGUUUUUCUGACAUGUUUUGCUAAGAAAAACAUUUGCUUUUAAGGUCAUGUACAUGAUGUUUUUGAAAUGAAUCUUGAUUUGUAUUCGUUUUACUUCAGUUCAAAGGUGCUGAUGAGUCGUAUGUACUCACAACUCUUGCGUCUUUCUCUCAGCUCAAGUGACCUCAUUCGUCUGACCAACAUCAUCUUAUUAUCAGUGUCAUCUUGCAUGAGAGCGACAUUUUGAUGUCAGGACCAACUUCAAACUUUUGUUCACAAAUGUUCCACAUCAUUGUACUUGUGUGAGUUGGAUGCAUGCGACCCAAGUUCUUUCUGUUAGACAUUGUCAAGAAAUGAUCUGGCUGAGCUGUGAAAUUCUGUUUUCCAACUCAUGUAGCAUUCUCUAUCACUAGGAAGGAGGAGACAAGUGUUCAUAUUGGCACAGUUCUCUUUAGUUUAUUGUCUGCACCCAAACUGCCUUCAGACUUAUUGAUCAUGUUGUUGCAUUCUGUUUCCUAAAUAUCAGCUAUUGUUUCCUCUGAUUUGUUGUAUUAUACUAGAAGUUAGUGACAUGAAAUUAGCCUGACGCUUUCUAGGGGUACAAGUUAAAAAAUAAAAUUAUUAUUUUUUAUAUACACAUGUACAAUACUGUUUGAUAGACUGGUAUUCAUCCAGUGACAUUAAAAGUUGUAAGAACUUUUGUAAAUUGUUUUAAUUCACACUUUAGUUAAAAUUGUGUCCCUCUGAUUAGUGUUGAGCCCACUUUUUGUUGACUUUGUAUUCAAGUGAGUGUGUUGAAUUUGUAUUCAAGUGUGAAUACAAGAAAAGAAUUGUGUUGACUCACUGGCCAUUUAUUUCUUCUUCCAUGUUUCUACACCAGCAUUUGAAUGUUCGUCGUAGUUGUUUAUUUCUGCUGGUUUUUGUGUGAUCCAGUCAUUUGUUUGAAGUUUUGUGUUCACUUUGUCCAGUAGAGUGGAGGGGGGGGGGGGGGGAUGAACUACUAAAGCAUUAAUCAGUUCAUUUUAAAUAUUUGUUUUGCAAUAAUGUUGUCUAUCAGUAUGAAAGUAAAAGUCAUGUACUAUAUAUUUAUUAUAUGUAGAGAGAUUCAACUCAAAGCUCCACGAAUAUAAGAGAUUUUAAGUUGUAUUUUAUGGGUGAGGACAGUUGUCAUGAAACUAGAUCUUCAACAUUCAAACCAUAUAUUGUCAUCAUUCUGGUCUACCGCUCAGCUCAAGUACAUUUGUAGAUUAAUAAACACAUGUUUAUAUAACAUUAUAAACUGGACCAUUGGAUUUAAUUAAAACAUUUUUUAAUUAGCACAAAAUGUCAUUUAUUGUUUUAAUGAACACUUUCAACCCCAACCACUCUAGAUGUAUAUAAUGUAUGUAUUUUUUAAAAUAUUUUUUACAAUAAUUGACCCAAUUUUAUUUUUAUGCUUUAUUUUAUAGAUAAUUUUUUUUUCCUUCAUUGUGAUACUUUUUUUUGUGCUAAUACAAUUUGAACAUUUGUUUUAAGUUUAUGUGAAGAAUGGAACCUACUGAUGUACUUUUUUUUUCUUGGCUGAUCAUUAGACAUAAUUUGUGUGUUUCACUUCUGCAAUGUCUUAUAUCAGUUAUUGCCCCUUAUUAGUCCAUCUAAUGACAGAAAAGUAUUUUGUCAUUGAAUAUAUGAAGUGCACAGUGUGGUCCUAAAAUGGCCUCUUAAUAUAUGAUUCUUAUGUCAGAAUGUGUUAAUAUGUGUACUUGCAGACUUUGCUUUGAAUGAAAUUGUUAGUAUUUUAACACACACAACAACUUGUAUAGUAUUAACAACAGUCUUCCUGGUAGCUCUAUGAUUAUGUAAUCAAAUUCUGUAAAUAAGUAAAUAACAAAAACUAAAUAAGCAAUUUUUUUUUCUUUGUCUAUUUCAUACAAAUUUCUAUGUUCUGUAUGUGUGAGACUGACCCAUCUAGAGCUGUGUACAACUGAGCCAUCUAGAGCUGUGUACAACUGUGACCAGUUUGAUCUCUUUAUUAGUUGAAUCCCCAUUGUGUACAUAAGAAUGUGUACAGAACUUUGUGUGUUUCUAAUUUAUUGCCUGUGUCAUGCUGAGUGCUGUUCAUCAAAUGUAAAACAUUUUUUUAAAUAAAAGUCUAAAUAAACUAAAAUACUUGACAUUAUAA